AUGUCACGAAUAUCCAAAAAUAGUAACUCAGCAACAUCAACACAGCAGCAUGCAAAGCCCAUAUCUGAAAAACGACAGGGUCAGCUCUUGGAACAUAUAGACGAUGAGGUGCUCAAUGUUAAUGUUCUACGAAACAAUAUGAAAACACAAGCCACAGAAGCAGCAGCAGCAGCUUCCAACCACACCUCUUUAGAAACAUCACUGCCAAUAAAAGAAACGAUCGUACCUUCAAUAGAAGAAGAAAUAUCACUACAAGAGAAGUCCGAUCAAUUAGCCGAUGAAAACUGGCAUAUUGCCACUGAAUACUAUAAAAACAUCGACACCAAAGCAUUCCGUCAAUACGAACUAGCAUGUGACCGUGUCAAAUCAUUCUACGAAGAACAACAUGCGAAACAAACUGUGGCAUAUAAUAUUCAAGCGAGGAUAAAUUUCAAGACAAAGACACGAGACACCAUGACGGUUUGGCAAGCUUUGGAGAAACUAAACAAGCUAUUAGAUGAAAGUGACCCUGACACUGAGCUUUCGCAGAUCCUGCAUGCUAUUCAAACAGCAGAAGCUAUCCGGCGUGAUGGGAAACCACGCUGGUUCCAACUAGUUGGAUUGAUUCAUGAUUUGGGCAAAUUGCUCUAUUUCUAUGACUCCAGGGGACAGUGGGAUGUUGUUGGUGAUACUUUCCCCGUGGGGUGCAAAUUUUCCAAACGUAUCAUUUUCCCCGAUAGUUUUAAAGCCAACCCUGAUUUCCUCAAUCCGUUGUACAAUACAAAGUACGGCAUAUAUUCAAAACACUGUGGAUUGGAUAAAGUGAUGUUGAGUUGGGGCCAUGACGAAUAUAUGUUUCAUAUCGCCAAAAAGCACUCGACAUUGCCGAAAGAAGGAUUAGCCAUGAUUCGAUACCAUUCUUUUUACCCCUGGCAUCAAGAGUUGGCGUAUACGUAUCUUAUGAAUGAUCACGAUAAGGAAAUGUUACGAGCCGUCAAGGCGUUUAAUCAGUAUGAUUUGUAUUCGAAAAUUGAUCAAGAGUAUGAUAUCGACGAGUUGAAGCCAUACUACCUCAACUUGAUUGACGAGUUUUUCCCUGAAAAAGUAAUUGAUUUUUAA